AAAAACAUAUAAUUGGUCAAGUCCAACUGCAUUUACUGAUUUGUUUUAGUUCAUUUAAUGAUUUAUUUUGCCCUAAUCUCCUCAGAACUUGUACUGUCUCUUCAUUUUCUUCACCAUCUUCCAUGUGAUUUUUGACCCUAUAACACCUGCUGCAGUACACACUAUUUUUCUACAAGUUGUCCAUAGCUAAUGUGCAAAUGGUGGAAACUUUUGUUCCAUUGAUCAAAGCACAAAUGAUAACAUUGAACCAAAUAUAAGAUUUUACUAGCUAGCAGCUUCUUUCUACAUCUUCCUAGCCUCUUUCUUAUUUCUCUAAAAAGCAACAUUACCCUUCUCUUUGGAUUCUCAAAAUGGAAAUGGAUCUUGACAAGCACCCAUCGUGCAUGCUUCUAUUUAAAGAAGGUUCUAUGGAUAAAAUAAAAAUGCCGUCUGAUUUUGUGAAAGAAAACAAGAAGAUGUUGGCUAAGACGUGCUUAUUGAAAACCAAAGUAGCUGGGAUGUCAUGGGAAGCAAAAAUAGAGAAAGAAAAGCCAAAUUACUUCAUAUGUGAAGAAGAUUGGCCACAGUUUGUGGUGUAUCACAAGCUGGAAAUGGGGGACUUUUUGCGCUUCUUUCUUGUCGAUAAGUCAACGUUCCAUGUCAUGCUCUACUCCCAGAAACAUAGUAGAAAUCUUCGACCUUUUGAGGACCUCAGCAGUAGUGAGGAAGAGGAAGAGGAUGAGGUAGAAAUAGUGGAAGAGAAAGAAAAAAGGUAGAGGACAUUGAAGCUUCAAGAAAAUCGAAGAAAGUAAAAAUGGAGCCAAUUGAUAUAUCAGAUUCUGAGGAAAGAAGUGUUGAACCAUCAGGUGGCUCCAAAGAUGGGGGAAAUCCAUGCUAUUCACAUUUAGGUAUAUUUAAUUUUUGUCAGUUUAUACACAAUGUGAACAAAUGAUGCAUACAAAUCAUACAGGCUAAUUGGGGUUACGUCCUAAUUGCUGUGGAAUUUUGCCAUUUCUGAACAACUUAAAACAUUAUUUUAGCCUGGUUAAAUAUUGUAUAUCAUCGUGACUAUAUGUAUGAGA